AUGCCACCGAAGUCUGGCACCGUGGUGUGCGACGGCGAGAAGUGUGUGAUCGGCAACUACAAGCCGACUAAAGAUGGCACAGCCCAUGAGCGUCUUGCAAAGGCUGCAGGCAUGGAUAAGCCGAAAGUGGCGGGUUCCAUCAAACCCGACGGCCGCGUUGCGUUGAGGUCGGAGUCGAUCAACCGUACCAACGGACUGGGCUGUGAUGCUGCUGGAACGAAGCUUGGCCAAUGGGCAGAAAUGAAAAUGGCCCUUGGCGAUGUCGAGGGCGUCAAAGAGUACAAGAGGAAGAGCCGGCGCUCCCGCACCUGA